UUGGUUCAACCAUAUUCAUCAAUUUUUCUUUAUUUUAUUCACUAAUAAUAAUUUUGAGUCUCUCUUCUCUCUCUCUUAUAUCUCAAAAUCCGAGAAAACGAAGUUCAAAGAUCCGUGGUUGAAUUCGUGAUUCUGAAAUUUCGUUUCUUCAGGUCUCUGAUCGUCCUGGUUCUCCUCUGAUCUGUUAUUUGCUUCGAAAUAGAAGUUUGUUUCUCGUUUGACGAUGGAGACUGCGACUGGAGAAAUCACCAUCGUCUGCAACCACUGUGACAGAGACAUUCCAUCACUGAAUAUCGAUCUGCAUCGUGUACAUUGUGCUCGGAAUUUAGAAAAAUGUAAGAUUUGUGGUGAUAUGGUACCCAAAAAGCAUGCUGAGGAACACUACUUGAACACACAUGCUCCGAUAGCAUGCUCGAUGUGCAAAGAGACCAUAGAACGUGAGAUUUUCGAUAGUCAUAAAGGAGAAAUUUGCCCCAAGAGGAUUGUAACAUGCGAGUUCUGUGAGUUUCCAUUGCCUGCGGUUGAUCUUGCCGAGCAUCAGGAAGUAUGUGGCAACAGGACAGAACUCUGUUAUCAAUGCAACAGCUAUGUUAGAUUGAGAGAAAGAUAUAACCAUGAAACCAAAUGCCCUGGCACUGUUGAAUCAUCCAGAAGGAUCCCGAGAGCAGCAGAAGGAGAUGGAAACGGGAGAAGACGAAGAGAUGGGAACGGUGUUUCGAACAAAAGGCUUUUCUUCACGAUAGCAAUAACGGGAAUAGCUGUGAUAAUAGGAUCCUUGUUCUUCCAGAGGAAGCCUGAGUAGAGGAGGCGUAGCUUAUCUGUAAUUCUGUAAAUUUGCCUCAAAUCCUUCAGACAGAUUCUAAGGAAGGGUUUAUACAUUUUAAAGCUUACCCAGACAAGAGAAACCCCAAAAGAUUGUUUGAGCUGAUCACCAUGAGACUUGCUUUUAUAUUUGAUUUCAAUAAAAGAGAUUUCAGAUUU